CCUUCUCUUGUUUCUUUUUCCUCGCUUAAGAUGGCGCUGCUCGCGAUACGUUCUUGGCGUUGGGCAGCUGCGGCGGCUGCUUUCGAAAAGCGCCGGCACUCUGCAAUUUUGAUCCGGUCUCUGGUCACUGUCCUUGGCUCACAUCCGCAGUGGCAGUCACAUUUGCGCGGCGCCUCAGGAACAGCACGAAACUACCAGAUUCCAGAGUUAUUAAAAAAUGCUACAUGGCAAAAAUGGAGAAAAAACAGUUCGAGACAGUUGUUGGAUGCUACAAAGGCUCUCCAGGCAUGGCCAUUGAUAGAAAAGAGGACAUGUUGGCAUGGUCAUGCAGGAGGAGGACUACACACAGACCCAAAAGAAGGGUUAAAAGAUAUUGAUGCUCGGAAAAUUGUAAAAGCAAUGCUUUCUUAUGUAUGGCCCCAAGAAAGGCCAGAUUUACGAGCUAGAGUUGCCAUUUCCUUGGGAUUUUUGGGUGGCGCAAAGGCCAUGAAUAUCAUCGUUCCUUUCAUGUUUAAAUAUGCUGUAGAUAGCCUCAACCAGAUGUCUGGAAACAUGCUGAACAUGAGUGAUGCACCAAAUACAGUUGCAACCAUGGCAACAGCAGUUCUUAUUGGCUAUGGUGUAUCAAGAGCUGGAGCUGCCUUUUUUAAUGAAGUUCGAAAUGCAGUGUUUGGGAAAGUAGCACAAAAUUCAAUCCGAAGAAUAGCCAAAAAUGUCUUUCUCCAUCUUCACAACCUAGAUCUUGGUUUCCACCUGAGCAGACAGACAGGAGCUUUAUCUAAAGCUAUUGACAGAGGGACAAGAGGUAUCAGUUUUGUCCUGAGUGCUUUGGUGUUUAAUCUUCUCCCUAUCAUGUUCGAAGUGAUGCUUGUCAGUGGUGUUCUGUAUUACAAAUGUGGUGCCCAGUUCGCAUUGGUAACCCUAGGGACACUUGGUGCAUAUACAGCAUUCACAGUUGCAGUCACACGUUGGAGAACUAGAUUUAGAAUAGAAAUGAACAAAGCAGAUAAUGAUGCAGGUAAUGCUGCUAUAGACUCACUGCUGAAUUAUGAAACUGUGAAGUAUUUUAACAAUGAAAAAUAUGAAGCACAAAGAUACGAUGGAUUUUUGAAGACCUAUGAGACUGCUUCAUUGAAAAGUACCUCUACUCUGGCUAUGCUGAACUUUGGCCAAAGUGCUAUUUUCAGUAUUGGUUUAACCACUGUAAUGGUGCUUGCCAGCCACGGAAUUAUGGCAGGUACCCUUACUGUUGGAGACCUAGUUAUGGUGAAUGGACUGCUUUUUCAACUUUCAUUACCACUUAACUUUCUGGGAACUGUGUAUAGAGAAACUAGACAAGCACUCAUUGAUAUGAACACUUUGUUUACUCUACUCAAAGUAGACACCCGAAUUAAAGACAAAGCAAUGGCAUCUCCCAUUCAGAUCACACCACAGACAGCUACGAUAGCCUUUGAUAAUGUGCAUUUUGAAUACAUAGAAGGACAGAAAGUCCUUAGUGGAUUAUCUUUUGAAGUUCCUGCAGGAAAGAAAGUGGCCAUCGUAGGAGGUAGUGGAUCAGGGAAAAGCACAAUAGUGAGGCUGUUGUUUCGCUUCUAUGAGCCUCAAAAAGGUAGUAUUUACCUUGCUGGUCAAAAUAUACAAGAUGUGAGCCUGGAAAGCCUUCGGAGGGCUGUGGGAGUGGUACCUCAGGAUGCUGUUCUCUUCCAUAAUACUAUUUAUUAUAACCUCUUAUAUGGAGACAUCAGUGCUUCACCUGAAGAAGUUUAUGCAGUGGCAAAAUUAGCUGGACUUCAUGAGGCGAUUCUUCGAAUGCCACAUGGAUAUAACACCCAAGUAGGGGAACGAGGACUCAAACUUUCAGGAGGAGAAAAGCAAAGAGUGGCAAUUGCAAGAGCCAUUUUGAAGAAUCCUCCAGUCAUUGUCUAUGAUGAAGCUACUUCCUCAUUAGAUUCAAUUACUGAAGAGGCUAUUCUUGGUGCCAUGAGAGAUAUGGUCAAACACAGAACAUCUAUUUUCAUUGCACAUAGAUUGUCAACAGUGGUUGAUGCAGAUGAAAUUAUUGUCUUGGACCAGGGUAAAGUAGCUGAACGUGGCACCCACUAUGAUUUGCUUGGUAACUCUGGCAGUAUCUAUUCAGAAAUGUGGCAUACACAAAGUAGUCGUAUGCAGAACCAUGAUAACACCAAAUGGGACCCAAAGAAAGAAAGUGUGUCCAAAGAGGAGGAAAGGAAGAAACUACAAGAGGAAAUUAUCAAUAGUGUGAAAGGCUGUGGAAACUGUUCCUGCUAAUAUAUAGGAUUUUUUUUCAUGUUUUGAACUGCACUUCAAGUAUGAUUCUAUAGUGAAGCAAAAUUGUUUAAUUAAAACAAAAUCAUACAUUCCCAUUUUCUAUAACCCUUCUUUUAGAUAAGAUUUAAAGGAGGAUUUCAGUUUAGCAUCUUUCAUUCUGUUUAAUGUGGUUCCUGUAUUUAUAGCCAAAUUAUUUUCUUCUUACUACCCUGCAUAUAUGCUCAAUGCAUAAUUUUUGUGUUCCCAUUUGAAUUUACCUCAUGAAGCCUGACAUCCAUUUCAUAUCCAUAACCAUAUGAAUUAGAUUGGUUUCCAAAUUUCUGUUUUUAAAACCUUUGUGGUGACAAUUUAGAAAGUAUUUGUUUCUUAAAAUUAUAGAAAAAAGACAAUUUAGGUUGUUUCUUUUCUGCCUUCAAUUGAAAUACUUCAUUAAUGUGGAAAUUAGUUAAUAAAUAUAUAUGGUUAGAACUUGUGAGAAGUAGACAUCCAUUUAUACUUUAUAUUAAUACAUACCUAUAACUCAAGUUUUAUAAAUAUUUCCAACUUUGCCAUACAUUUAAAAAAAAAAACAAAUUUUCCUGUUUGGGUGUAAAAUAUUCUUAAUCAUUAACUUACAUAAUAACUUACCUAGGGGUUAUUCUUCCACCAAUUAUGGCAAUGUUUUUGUUUUUAACUGGAAUUUAUUCAUUGUUCUUCAAGCACUUAUAAACCAUAAUGUGAUUUGACAUUUGCUGUACUGACAGUGAUCAAAAAGUUUACAAUGUUAAUGGCUGUUCCUUUUUCCACCUAAAAUGCACUCCUUUUGCCAUCUAAAGUUGUACGAACAAAUACAGGGUGUGUUGUAUACAUGUACAUGCAUGUGUAUGUGAAUCCAUGUUUAUUUAAAAAUUAUUAAAUACCUUUGGUAAAUAGGAAAAAUGUAGAUAUAUAUAUAUAUAUACAUAUAAAACCAAGACUCUUGAUCUAUGUUCACACUUUAAGCCUUAUAUAACAAGGAGCCCAAACAAUAUAAUCAAACUUUACUGUGGAAAAUAUUUUGCUUCUUAGAAAUAAUUACAAAAAUGAUGAUAGAUGUUCGAAAGUUAUUCUCAUCAGGCAUGGUGGUGUGCACCUGUAAUCUCAGUACUUGGGAGGCUGAAGCAGGAGGAUUGUUGCAAGUUUGAGGCUAACCUGGGGUACAUAGUGAGUUCAAGGCCAGCCUAGACUAUACAGAGAGACUUUGUCUCAAAAAAAAAAGUGUUGUUCUAACUUCUCAGGAAGCUGAGGUGGGAUGAUCACUUGAGUCCAAAGGAUAAGGCCAGUCUGGGCAACAUAGCAGGACCUUGUCUCUCAAAAUUAAAAAGGAGAAAAGUUCCUCUUUUCCAGUAUGAAUUUGCCUUAACUUGUUGAAUAGUACUCAUUCAGUUUGAAAAACGUGUCUCACAAGUGGUCAUGUAACUAUAUAUAAUAAAAUUUUAUAUAUCAGGAAAGGUCCUGAUGUAUUUAUUUUAUUGGUUUAUGGUUUCAAUAUGAUAAUUUAGAUUUCAGUAUGUUUUGUUCCAUAUUGUUAACAUGGGUGAAUAAAUCUCUCAAUUUACCUAUCAAGGCAAUUUGGUAGGUAACCUGGACCAUCACUAUCUCAUUGUUAGUCUUUGAUACCAAAGUAAAUAAUGUGAUGUAGGAUCUUAAUUUUAUUUUAUUUAUUUAUUUAUUUUACCAGAGAUUGAACUCAGGACCUCACACUUGCCAAGCAGACACUUGUGCCGCUGAGCUAAACCCCAGGCCCCUUAAUUUUAAAGUUGAAAUUAACAUUGAGAUUCAUAAUGAACUAUUAAAAAAAUCUUUUUUCUUAGACAUUUCUUAUUCUGAAGUAGUAAUACUGGAAAUGUCAUUACAGCCUAGGCACAAAUUUUGUAUAUUUGUUAAUUCUUCUGUACAUUUCCAAUGAUGUUUGUGGAAAAAGUUAGCUUAGUUGCAUAAAUAAGAUUAAAAUAAUCAUUAGUAAUAAUUCCUUUGGAUGUGCAAAAAGCAGCAUUCAGAGCAAGUUAUAUUGUGAGGUAGGGAACAUUUAGUCCAAGAGGAUAAGAAUGUUUUCAGCAUUUCUCCACUAAGAGAUUUGUUUUGUUUUGUUUUGCUUCAUUUUGUUGAAACAGUGUCUCCCUGUGUAAUUCAGGCUAGCCCCAAACUCCUGGAAGUUCUCCUUAUCCUCAUGAGUACUGGGAUUAUAGUUGUGUGCCACCACCCCUAGCUACUAAGAGAUUUUGAAGCUGAUUUAGUUUUGUGUGGUUGCAGGUGAUCCCUACUCCAUUUUGGGCAUUAACCAGUAUUUUCAGCGCAGAGGAAAUUAAAUUACCUGAAAUCACAGUUAAUGUAAGGACUAUAGCUGAGUCGCAAAGACAUUUCUCUUAAAAGUCUUAAAAGUAGUUCUACACAAGGAAAUAAUAGAUUAAUGUAAAUGAAAAGCUUCCUAGGAUGAUUCUUCAAAAGAAAUGCCAAGAAACAGGGUAUGUAAUUAUAAUGAACUGAUUUUUACAUUACAACAUUACAAAGGCAUAAUUUUCUUUCUUAGUAUAGAUUCCUUUAUUUUGAACAUGCAAAGAUUUACUUUCCUCUUAAAAGGAACCCCCGUUUACAAAAACUAACUUGAAACCAAGGUAAUUUGAUAGUUAAAACUGAUCCCAGGUGCCUUACUGAAGUUUCUUAACAUAGAAACAUCUUUGUGAGCAGAAGGACUCAUUUGGAAAUUUUGAAGAGCACAAGUCUGAGUGUCACUUGAGAUUUAAAGAGAGACCUUUAGCAUUUGUACAUGAAUGAGCUCAAGAUAGUCAUUUACUUUUCCUCUACAGGGAUUUGCACUUUCAAAUAUCUUAAGAUAAAUAUUUUGUUUUUCCUCUCAAUGUGGACAAAGCUAAGCUGAGCUUGUGAAAGUGGCUGUUUUAAAAAUGUGUUUUACUUUAAAGGCAAAGUAUUUAAGAUUAUGUGGUUCCUUGUUUCUAAAUCAUUUUGUGUCUUGCUGACUUGCUCCUAUCCUUUCUAUUUGCUGAAUAUGUUAGGGGGUAUAAAAUUUGCAAGUGUAUAUACAUUAUUCUUCCCUUGGAACCUCAUUACAGUAUAUUCUGUUUUGAGUUAGUAGUUAAAAGUAUUUAAAUAUUCUUACAAAUGUAGUUUUCUUGAAUUCUAGAGGUUUAUUGUUCCCAUUUUGAAGUACAUACACUGUAUAGUAAGUCAUAAUACUAAGUUAAAUAAGCUGGAUAAAACUGGUUAAGAUAGAACAGCUCAGUAAAGGAAGUCCUUACCACAGGUUUAUUGUUUAUGGCAAUAUGUCUGAAUGAUAAUUACUCAGUAAACAUUAUGUCAUUGUGACUAGGAAUUGGUGUUCAAUUUGACAGCUCUUUUUGCAAUGCCCAGGGAAAUCUGGUAUUUUAUCAUUUGUGUGUUCUAAAUAAGUACAGCUAAUUAAUUGACACUCUGAGAGUAUGACCUUAUAACUUUAUGAAGAAGGUGAAUUUUUGGCAUUACUUCAGAGAAAAAGUAAUUGUUUGCAAAGCUCAUGUGAGCACAUUGUAGUGAUUUAAUUUAGCAUUAAGCCAUCAUAUUUUAAUGACCAGUUAGUGAAUGAUAAAACAAUUCUAAAGGAAUACUAUGAAUAACUUCAUACUACCAAAUUAGAUAAUUUAAAUGAACAAAUUCAAAAACUGUCAAAACUGACUCCAGAAAAAAUAUACAGUUCAAAUAAAUCUAUAACAAGCAAAGGGAUUAUUUUACUAAUAAAAACUCAUGAAGAAAACUUCAGGCCUAGAUGGCAUCACCCCUGAAUUCCAUCAAACAUUCAAGGAAAGAUUAGUGAGAAAGACAGAGACAGAAACUGUGCAUAAUGUUUUGCUGGCCAGUAUUAUCCUGAUACCACAACCAAAGACAACACAAGAAAACUGCAGGGCAAAUAGAUUUAGAAAUCCUCAACAGAAUAAUGGAAAGUCAGUCCGGAGCAUUUAAAAAGGAUUUUACAGCAUGAGCAAGUAGAAUUUAUCUCAGAAAUGCAUUAAUUUAAAAUUCAGAAAAUCAGUACUAUAGAUUUAACAGAAUAAAUGACAAAAGCCAUGUGAUCAUUUCAAUAAAUUGAGAAAAAUGUUUGGCAAAAUGCAGCAGUUUUGCAUGUUUAAAAAUGCCCAAUAAAGUAGACAUUAAAAAUUU